UGCACCGGUGCUUUCCUUUCCUCAUAUGUAACGUGAAUGCGAGCCAGUUUCCAUCAAGAUGUCAUCUCUCCUGUUAGGCGGAUAGCCCUCACGUGCUUUGCUGUAUUCGAAUUAAACAGAAAGAGAUGUUAUGCGCAAAUCUGCAAAGAUAAAGAAGACGACGAAGAAAGUAUUUCUUCAGUCCUUUCUAGUUCCGAAAUCUGCAUGCUGGAGGCUGUAAAAAGAGUGGAUCGGUUCCCUCUGGUAUAUGCUGAACAAGAGGUUCGCGCUUCCGGACGAAGAUCUCGUCAGCCCGUUAUCACUAGGGUGCUUGAUUUGAACCUCCUGGAUGACACUUAUGCUGGAGUCACGAAGACAUUGCUAUCAAAGUGUAGUAGCUGGUCCUUCAACACAUUCAAUCUUGAUGUCUCAACUGGUGGACGCUCCCUCUCUUACCUGCUGGUGCACCUUUUUCAAGAGUAUGGCUUUGUGAAAGCUUUUAGGUUGGAUAUUGUCAAAGUCUGGCAUUGUUUUAACUUGAUGGAAGCAGCUUACCACAGACACAAUCCAUAUCACAAUUCUGUUCAUGCAGCUGAUGUUACACAAGCUAUGCAUUGUUUUCUUCAAGAAAGCAAAUUUGCUGCUCAUUUGACACCUUUAGAAGCCAUGUCAUCUGUAAUAGCAGCAGUUGCGCAUGAUCUGGACCAUCCCGGUGUUACGCAAGCUUUUCUCGUUGCCACAUCCAAUCAUUUGGUUAAUCUUUAUCAUAAUUCAUCGGUUUUAGAAAAUCAUCAUUGGCGUACAGCAAUAUCAUGUUUGAGUGAAUCUGGUAUUUUUAGCCAUCUAGAUAAAGAAGUAUGGCAAGAUAUUCAAAACCAAAUUAGAUCUCUUAUCUUAGCAACUGAUAUAACCAGGCAAAAGGAAUUCCUAGCUAGAUUUAAAAGCUACUUAAAUUCUGAGUGUUUGGAUAUGGAGAAAACGCAGUACCGCCACUUUGCUUUACAGAUAGCGCUAAAGUGUGCUGAUCUAUGCAACCCUUGCCGUCCAUGGGCAAUAAGUCAAAGGUGGAGCUAUCAAGUAUGCCAAGAAUUUUAUCGGCAAGGAGCUUACGAGAAGCAGUUAAAACUGCCUCUAACACCGACCUUUGAUUGCAGCAGGACCAAAGUUGCAAAGAUUCAAGUUGAUUUCUUUCAGUUUGUUGUUUCGCCUCUUUUUGAAACAUGGGACCAUUUCCUGAAGACCCCUUUGUCCAGCAAGCUUUUAGAAAAUCUUCGUCAUAACUAUUCACAAUGGCAAAAAAGAAUAGAAAUUAUACAACAAAGUAAUGACAUUGAAGAUCAUGCUAAACUAGAAGAAGUGCCCGAAAUUAAAGUAGAUUCUUGUUCCGUGGCUUUUGAGGCUCUACCAUUAUCUGGAGAAGAUAACGAAGAAAAUCAAAAGCAACUUUUAUCUAUUGAUUCUGAUGUUGUUCUAAAGCAGCACCGAUCUAAAAGUGAUAGUGGUCUUACUCCGCGUUUACUUUCUCCUAAAAUUCAUAUGGAAACUUAUUCAACAGAGGAGCUUCAUCCCAGCACUACGCUAUUAUCCCUCUCAAGUAUCACUAAUACUGUACAAUUAAGACAAGUUUAUGCUGCCACAAAAGUUGAGAGUCAUCUCAUAUGUCCUACAGUUUUUCAGCCGCUUUGUUUAAAUACUUGUACAAAAGGAACAGAUAUUAAAAAAUCAGAUUCUGUACCUGUAUCGGAAAAUUGUUCUAAAAAAGGUGAAGAUUCCUCACUUAAUGAAGAUGGAAAUAUCACUGAUACCAGUGCUCAAAGUUCUGUCGCAGUAUCUUGCCCAGAUGGUUGUGGUACUCCAUCUCCUCCAGAAAAGCCGCCUACAUCACAGUUUUGUAAAACAAAACAACGAUCGCAUUCUCUUAUCAGUGAGUCUGAAAGUUUAAAGUAUUAUUCUCAAAUGUUACAAAAUAGAAGAGCUUCAGAUUUUGGCCUACAAAAUCAGAGUAAAGCUUCAUUGGCGCCAAAAUAUGUAUCUCCCGUUUCCAAUAAUCAACCAUUCUGUGAAAUUCAACGUAAUCGUGAAAAACAAAUGCCUUCUGUUUGUAAUAAUAGGGAUGACACUGCCAUUAAAUCAUUCUGUAAUAAUUAUCAAAAAGAUGAUUCUGAAUGUUUUACUUCUAGUAGAAAUUGUUCUAGUAAACACUGUACAUCAUCUACCUGUAACUGUGAAACAGAGUCUUACAAAAAAAUUCCUUCUUGGUGUUGGCAUAUCAGUCGCAGCUUUUCUGCUGAGCGACCUGUUAGGCCUUCACUUGACUUUGAUUCACCUUUACCCGCAUGGCAAGGUUCGUCAUCUAGUCUGACAAACAGACACAACGGAAGGCGAGGUUCUGCUCCUGUACCAGUUUCCUUCACCGCUGAUAGUGGAAACCUUUCAAAUACAGGCGACGUAGAUCCCAAAAAUGGUCUAAAAGGAGGAUCUGAAAUUAGUGGUGCAUCUGGAAGGAGAUGGUCAAUUCCCGUGGAAACAAUAGCAGAUUUGCAAAUGAUUCAAGUCACAAAAAACUCAGCUGACAAAAAUUCUGUUCCAUUACGUUUUGGGAGACGAAGUAGCUUUGGUUUGUUGGAACCAUUGCUUGCGAUGUCUGAUUCAGAAAACUCUUUAAAACAAAGUUGCUCCCCAUCAUUAAAGCCCAUUCAUCGUAGUUGCCAUGUGUUUUCCCGCAAUGAUACGAAAGACGAGCUCAAUGAACACACAGAUUGCAAAUCUGUUACAAACUCUGACUCUUUUUUAUCAUCUUUUUCAUCAUCUCAUCAAGCAUCGGUACAAAGAAGGGGAUCUCUGCCGACAGAGGUACCCAUUGCUCUCAUGUGUCAUGUUGAUAAUCCAUCUCUUCAUCUUCGAAACAAAAUAAGCAGUGAAAAAUUUACAUCUAAAGAAUCCUCUAAAACUAACAGUAGUCAACAUAGCAGUUUCUUAUUCGAGCAUGCUAGACGGCAUGGCUCACCUAGUGAUCUCUUAAGUGUACUUAUUGGGCCAUCUGGCAUGCUCAAUACUAUGCAUGGUAUCGUCAGUGGUCAGACAAUCUGCGAAUGCCCGCGUCCGGUGGCUCAAGAAAAUUCCAGACGAAGAUCUGGUGGUCUAGAAAUGCUUAGUGGUCUUUGGAGGUCACGGACUAACGAUAUGGCAGUUAGUGUAGGAAUGGCAACUAAACUAAAACUACGCAGACAGUUGUUAGAAGACUGGGCAUCGUGGAGAACAGAGGAGGGUAAUGUUAAACCACCCAUAAGCUCUAGUUCAAGCAUAUCUGCUCUGGGUCAUCAAUUCAGAAGAGGUUCUGUACCUCUCAACAUUUCUUUGUUGUCAUUGAGCUCAGGUAAGUACAAAUGUACGCAGUUGUAUAAAUAUAUACCUUCUUAAAGUAUUUUACUAUAUGGAAUAGAAAUAUAAUAAUCAGCUAUUAUUUCAUCAUAUUCAUCAAUUUAUUCAAGAAAAGUUUUGCAAAAUUUCAUCUUAUGAAAGGAAGAAAAAUUAUUUAAGUAUUCCACAUGUGCAGAGUGAAUAAUUCAGUUCAAAGUGUAUACUAAAGAAAGUGAACUUCUUAUUAGAAAACGAUGAAAACCUGAAAUCGUUUCUUCUAAACCCAUAUGUUGAUGUUAAAAACAAGAGGAUUUACAGAACUAUUUUUAUAAAAUGUUUUGAUUGUCUUGACAAUGAUGUGCCAAAUAAACCUUCAUGACAAGGGAAGAGAAACAUCAGUAUUCACGUUCAGAUGCUUUUACUUAAAUUGAUCAAAAUAUGUUUUCUUAUUUCUGUUAAAGGAUUAUAUUUUAGUUAGUUUACCUCUUUAAAGUUCCGUAAUAUAUGUACACUAAUCGACUAUUGUCAUACCUGGUGUUUCCCGAAUUGAUGAAAUUUCAGUGCUGUUUGUCUGCUGUAUGAUUGUUGUAAUUUUUUUAUAAUGGAGGACUACUAGGAAAUCUAAAAUAAUUUCUGGAACACUAGAAAUGCCUUCUUACUGUAAUUCAGUGUGUCAAGUGGAUUUUUAUUUCAUUAGUAAUAUUAAUUUGCAUAUAGUUCUAGAACUUAGUACGCCAGCUAUAUUGUUAAUACAUUUAAUAUUCGAAAUCCUGCUGUAUAUUUAAGAUAUUUUGGCAGUAUGUAUGUAGCUUAUAUAUUGUAUAUUGUUGCUGAUUUACUUAUUGUUGUACUGUAGUAGUUGUUAAAAAUUACUUUUUUGUACUUUAAUUUCGUGUCUUAAAAGUAAUGAGCAUGAUUUUAGUUUAGGUUUUUCAUUUACAUUUCACUUUAUGAAUACAAAAUAUCCAUAGGUGCUAAUUUGGCACUCAGUUGCAAAUCUAAACUUCUCAGUUUUAAGAUUUUUGUGAGUAAAUAAUUGAUUGCAUUUUCUGUACAACAAAAUGUGUAUAAAAGUAAUAUGCAUUUAAAGUACUGUAAUCAAAUAUAUUGUCCUGAUCACUGAUUUAUUGACCACAUGUAAUAAGUAACUAAAUAUUAAAUUCCCUUUCACUUAAAUUAUGUCUUUCAGUGAUGAUAUUCUCAAGUGCUUAAAUUUUCAAUAAAGUAUUUACAUAUGUUUCAUAGCAAUUUA